AAUGUUAUCAGUGAAUCGAGCAGCUGAUUGCAAUUUGUUUAGUAAUCAUUCACAGUUAAACAAAUGAGUUUUAUUUAUUUUUCAAACAAAAAAUGCGAAUAUGUAUGGUUACGGAUUUCUUUUAUCCAAGCAUAGGCGGUGUAGAGGAACAUGUUUUCAAUUUAUCUCAAAUCCUAUUAGGUCACGGACAUAAAGUCAUUGUGCUGACACACUCCUAUGGCAAUUGCAAAGGUAUUCGUUACUUAACCAAUGGAUUAAAAGUGUAUUACCUGCCAAUUAAGCCGUUCUACAAUCAAUGUAUACUGCCCACUAUAUUAUGCCAAAUUCCUUUAAUACGUUGCGUGUUGUUGCGGGAGUGCAUCGAGGUGGUGCACGGCCAUUCGGCAUUUAGCACACUGGCACAUGAAGCGAUGAUUAUUGGAAAUAUGAUGGGUUUGAGGACUGUUUUUACAGAUCAUAGCCUUUUUGGUUUUGCCGAUUUAUCAGCCGUUUUCACCAAUAAAAUGUUGGAGAUCAAUUUGGCCAACGUAAAUCACUGUAUCUGUGUCUCUCAUAUUGGGAAAGAAAACACUGUAUUGCGAGCGCGUAUACCAAAGGAAAACGUUUCUGUAAUUCCAAAUGCUGUCGACACUGCCUUAUUUACACCCGAACCAAGUAAACGACCUAUGGAUGGCACAAUUAAUAUUGUCGUCGCUUCACGCCUUGUUUAUCGUAAAGGUAUUGAUUUGCUGGCUGGCGUUAUUCCACGAUUUAGGCAUGCGCCUAAUAUAAAUUUCAUUAUAGUUGGUGAUGGACCAAAACGUGAUCUACUUGAAGAAGUACGUGAGAGGACCAAUAUGCAAGAUAGGGUUGAGUUAAUAGGAGCGGUUGAACAUUCACAAGUUCGCGACAUUCUUGUACGUGGCCACAUUUUCGUCAACACCUCACUCACGGAAGCUUACUGCAUGGCUAUAGUAGAAGCGGCUUCAUGUGGCCUGCAAGUUGUAUCUACUCGUGUGGGAGGUAUACCUGAAGUAUUACCAUUGAGUUUAAUAAUACUAACGGAACCCGAAAUUGAUUCCGUUUACCAAGGCAUUCUCAAAGCCCUUAACCGUUACACACACUUUUGUAAUAAGCAACAACACAAUUUAGUUGAGUCUAGUGCCUGUGGUAAUGGCUAUGCAAUGGGAAAUGGUGCUGUUUCAACAACUAGUUCACACAAACGUACGUCCCUGGCAAAAACACGACAUACAAACUCAGUUGUGCAUAAAUUAAAGGAUCCAAAAAAUACCGAAAACUUGGAAAAUAAUGAUGAUAGUGAAGCUGUGCUUUGCCCAUAUAAAUGCAAUGAAAUUGUUUCGUCACUCUACAAUUGGGAGAACGUUACACAACGUACGGAGAAAGUAUAUGCGCGCAUUUUGGCCGAGCCUGAAAAGUCACUUGGCGCUCUGCUUUAUGGUUACAUGCGCAGUAAAGUAUGGCCAUUCCUGCUGGUGAUAUCUAUGGCACAUGUACUGCUGUUAUUUUUAGAGUAUUUACGUCCACGUCGUUAUAUGGAGAAAGCCAAAGAACUGACGCGUUUGCGUAACAACUAAACGGUUUUGUAGUUUUGGGUUUUAUACAAAUGUUUUAAUUUUUUAAUAUACUUUAUAACCUAAUUGAGUUCUAAAUCAUUGUACGUUGUAUGUAUGAAUAAGUACAUUUGUAUGUAAAAUUGUCAAGCGUCUGAUUUGUGCAUUUAAGA